ACGCCUCCUUCACAGGAUACUACUACAACGCCUAGGAUCCCGGAAAUGCGCGUGUACCGCCGAUGCGGACUCACUUCAUACCCGAACACUUCUGUCUUGCUGGCUCGCCUUUUGCUUGUCUCACUUGGUUCCGGCUUUGCUUGUCACGACCCGUCACGACUUACGACCCUUUACGCCUGACUUAUUGCUAUGUGACGACCACUUAUGACGUUCUGUGCCUAGCGAUACUUCUAUGCUUCCGGUCUGCUUUCUGUUGUUCUGAGCGCGCGCUCUGCGAGAGCGGGGCGCCCGCUGGACAAUAAAUAUAACGUUACUGCUCAGCCUGGGUCGUCAAGUGACGCGGAGUUACGACAGCAACUAUCGUGAACGCUCCGUAAC